GAAAAAACAUUGCAACAAAAGAGAACUCAGAGGCAGCAGGAAAUUUUAAAACCUAUUGAAAAUAUGGUAAUGCCUCAGCCAGUAACUGCAAUGCCUUCAGACAAUCUUACACCAACCCAGCUUUGUAGUUCAGUUUAUCCACCAGACACACUUGUACUUCAGCAGCAGCAAAUGCAAUACAAUCAUCCAGACAUUCUGAGACACAACCUCAAUAAUUCUAUUGAUCAGUGUGUCACACUACUGCAGGAAAAUAGCAGCAUGUUGUUUUGUUCAGAGGAUACGAUGACAAAAACAGCAUGGCAUCCACCAGUCAAACUGCUGGAUCAAUGUGACGGACUGAAUCAUCAGACAGUCUGUCAGGGACAACACCAGACAGACCUCAAACAGUUGGAUCAUUGUACAGAGCCCCUCUUACAAAUCAAUGUAGCCAGUAAACAAUCAGAAACAUUACUUGUGUCUCCUCUUCAAAUGAACACACCCCUUCUACACAUGAACAAUAAUGUUCUGCCCCAACUACAAAAUAAUGAACCUAAUCAAUGCUUGGACAGUAAUGUUUACCCCCAACAAUUCAGUGAACACUUAGUGCCAGUUUCAAGUGUUACACCCCACUCAUUAAGUAUUCUCCCUAGUCAACAGAAUGCUAGUGUACCUCAGUCAAACACAAAUUAUCAGCAUGACAUUGACGCUAUAUUUGCAUCAUCUGAAACUAUUUCAAUUUCUGAGAAUGAAGUACCUGAAAUCCAAGAUGAUAGUUCGGAGGACAUAAUUAAUGCUCACUUUUUAGUGGACUACAUGACAUUUAGAGGAAAGAUUGAUGCUGAUGACCCAGAUUUUAAACAACUCUUGGAAAUUUCAAAUCAACGGGACAGAAACGAGGCUCUUCUGAAUCAUGUACUACACUCAGAAUGUGAGGCAUUAGAUGAAGCUCUAGCACAUUAUCAUGUAUACAGUGAACAAUUUCAAGACAUCAUUACAGGUGUAUUAUCAUUAGAGGUAAAUAUAAUUAAAUAAUUGAACAUGAUGGCUCAAGCUCAAGAAAUCUAUAAAAGCUUCAUAAUUAAAGAUCAUUUUUAUAACUGUGUAUAACUAAGCUUGUGUGUGACCUUAUUUGCUUCGACAUGGAGUUGUAGUGUCAGCACUUAUCUCCCCCCACCCUCCUUUUUUUUUGUUGACAUUGAUGCCACCAAUUAAAUGUGUAGCACUCUACCACUGCCCACCCUUCCCCUUGUUAGGAAAAGGUUGUUUACAAUCUAAAAAAUUCUAAAUGGAAUGUAGAGAAUGCUCUAAGGUGAUUCCAUUUCUAGUAUUUCUUUUCUAGAAGGUUAUAAAUAACCAGAAGCUUUCCCGGCCAGAAGUGAAAGAGCUUUGCACGAUUUGCUAGACAUGAGACAUAUUAACGAUAUUUUUGAGACUUAAUAGGAUCUCACCAGACUUAAUAGGAGCCUCACAAGAUUUCAAUCUUUGCGGAUGUGUAUAAUAUUAUUUGUAUCUCUUGGGAUUACACUUUUUUCACUAGCUGUGCUGUAAGCUAAUAUAGUUCAGGUUUUUUUUCCUGUAUUUUUGAUUUUAUAUUUUUAUAAGAACUUAAUAGUAUAAUUAAAUUGAAUAUUUCUAAUAUCAAUCGCUUUGGCAACGUUUUUCUUUGUAUACUGGUUUUCACUCCUUGUUACAUAUUGUUCAUUUAAUGAGCUGAAUCUUAAAACAGACUAAAUUUGCAAAAACCGUGUUAUUGGUAGGUAAAAAUAUCCUAUGCAAAAUGUCCUAUUUUCCUAAAUAUAAAUCAUUGAUUUUUUGUAGAGUACCAUAAUUGAACAGACUGCAUCUAAAGAAAGAGCAAUUGAAAACAGCAAAAAAUUAAAAUAAACUCAAUGCUAUUUCAUUUAGAUAGAUGCCCAUACUCGCGAAAAUAAUUUUACUCUUUUUAACAGAGUACCCUAAACAUCCAAAGAGACCAAGCUUACAGUAGCUUGACAUGGGAGCAGGUGGAAGGUUUGGUAUCCUCUCUUUUUUGCAAGUUCCUUACAGACCCCACUGAAAACUCCAGUAAUGAAGUGGCAUUUGGUUACCAGUACAGUUUGUAUGUUAUAGGAAGAAUGUUCAGCACAGAGAUUGUUGAAAAGAUUGGAGAUUACUUAUCUGAGCUUGAAUAUGCAAGUAAGGAGUAAAAUUUUUUUUUUUUUCUUUAUAAAUUUGAGUAAAAUCAUCUUUUUUAAAAAAAGAAGUCUUUAGUUGAAUUUAAACUUGUGUAAUUUUGUGACUAAAACAUAUUAAGGGUAAAAAUUUCUGUUGGCUGUGCAUAUCUUAGCUAUCAAGAGUUUACGACACAGCUUGGACUGGGCACUAAUUUAAAUAUUUAACAUGUGGACAGUUCUGGAUCUAAAAUUUAUGAGUGGGUCCAAAACAUAUUAUCAUAUUUCUAGUUAUUAUUUUAUACCAAGUAUGAAAUAAUCAAAUAUUAGAUAUUGGUGUUUCUGAGAAUUAAAAUAUUAGAUUCCAUAUUGGUGUUUCUUGGAACUAAAAUAAAAAUAAAUGUCUAACUAUUCCUUGCUUUGCAAUAUAAAUUCUCGAUACCAUUUAGUGCUUACUAUAAUAUUUACAAAAUGCCCCUAUGAUCCAGUAAGAGUAUAUACAAAAUUUCUGCUUAGCCAAGAAAGCUGAAAAUUGUUUUAUAUAUAUUAUAUAUAUAUGUAGGCCUAAUGUUCUAUUCACACAAAGCAACAUGACAUAAUAAAGUAUUGUAAUCUUUGUUAAACACAUUAUGCAUGUUCAUUUUAUUCAGGGCUUGCUGUAAGCAUUUUGAGGAAAAUUAAACCUCAUCAAGUAUUUGAGAGAAGUAAUGAAUUGGCACUUUCAGGAAUUACCCUCUGCAUAUGCAUUAUUUACAGUGGCGUCAGUAGACUAUUUGCUUUGGCAAGUGCUCUGUUCAUCUUUAGUUCAAAUUGUGUUUUGUAUAUUUAAUGUAUGCUUUUAUUUUUGCAUCCAAAAACUGAAAGGAACUUAAUAAAAAGAUUAAAAAAUUUAUUUGAAUGGGGAAUCUAUCAUGCAGAUCGUUCGUAUGAUUGAUGAGUAUUCUGCCUCUCAACGCUGUUCUUGCCUUAAUUAAGUUUAGGCAGAAAUCAAAUUGUGUAUUAUUAAUUUACUUUGCAAGCUCAAAACACAACAUGUAUAGUUUGCAAACAUUGUUGUUGUAUGUUAGAUGAACAUUUUUGCUGUAUGUUAGAUGAACAUUUUUGCUUUAUGUUAGAUCAACAAUGUUGUUGUAUGUUAGAUGAACAUAGCUGUUGUAAGUUUAGAUGUGCAUUGUUGUUGUAUGGUUGGCGAACAUUGUCAAAUUAAUGAAUAUACAAAAAACAAAUCACCUUUCAGUCGCUUGCUCAUAAUGGCAUGGUUGAUACCCUCACAGCACAUAUCACUGAGAGCUGCAUUAUUAACAACUUGACUGAGAAGGUAAUAGGAAUUUAUUUUAUUUUGCAUGACUUAGAAUUAUCUUUCUCUAGCUGAUUACAGUAAACAGGGUAUCAAUAGCUUCAAUGUAACGUUCAAAAGUUGAAUUGUAUUUAGUAUUACACAGUUGACAGAAGCUGAAUAAAUUGUUAGAUUAUGACCAAAUAUGAGUAAGGAAUGUUACAAGCAAAUAAGCAACAACAAAAAAACACUGCUGUAGCCUUUUACUUAAUUUACCUUGAAAUGUUUUGAAACUUCAUCCUGCAGUACAUGGAAAAUAUGAUGACAGAUUUUCUGAGAUUGAUUAAAAACAUGGCAUAUCACUGUGAGGAUAAACAACAUUUCAAAGAUUCAAAAACUUCAGAGGUUGGUAACAGCUGCAUGAAUAUUUAUUUUAUAAUAUUUGUACCUGUUUUAUUUAGGUAAAACUUAUUUUUCAACUCAAAUGAAGCUAAUGAUGGUCCAAAGUUGAACAAUAAUUUAAAAGCUUGUUAAGAACUAAUAAAAACUACUGUUAUUAUUAAGCAGCUUCAAAUGUUCUUAUCAGAGAUUAAAAUUUAUGUAAAUAUUACAUUGUGCUGUUUGAAAAAAAAAUUAAUUAAACAUAGUGUUAAUUUGACAUAAAUUAAAUGUACCAUUUCGUAAGUUCACUUGGUAGCACACAAUUUUGACCACCCUAAUCACUUGGUAGGACAUGAUUGUGACCACCCUAAUCACUUGGUAGGACAUGAUUGUAACCGCCCUAAUACACUGUCUAUUUAAAAUAGUGUGGUAUUGCUAUUAACUCUUAUUUUGCAGCAUGUGAAGAGGUUACCAAUAAGGAAUAAUGAGAAUGUGGAAAUUAUUGUGAUUCUGAUUCUCCUCAACACUUUGGAUGAAAAGGAAUUCAACAAAUUGCCAGAUGAAACAAGUAAGUACAAAACAAGGAUAAGACACUGGGUAAACAAAUAAUAUAAGUUGGAAAUAUUUUAAAAACAGAAAUUUUCUUUGUAGGAAAUUAGGAUAAAAUUAACUAAAAGUCUUAGAAAUUAAUUAAAUUUUGGGUUUAGGCAGUAACAAAAAAAUAUAUAAAGAUCAUCUUUAAUUAAAUAUCAACAGGGGAUUGGGGGGAGGGCUUACCUGAUCUAUUACAAAAAUGUAAGAUAGUUGAAAUAUUAAAUGCUGCUUUCAAGUGCUAUAUUAUGAUAAUUUAUCAUUCCAAUCAGAAGCCAUUGAGAGUAUGAUCAAAUAUAUGCACAGAGCGAUAGAAAACAAAGACACCAGAAGUUUCCAUGGGAUAUCUCUAUGUGAACUGACCAAUGGGAUCAGCAAGCUAGCACUAAAGUUUCACAAAAUAAAUGUAAAUAUUUUUCUUAAGGUUCACAAAAAAAAUUAUUAUACAAAUAAUUUCUUUUUUUCAUUAAAUAAUUUAGUUCACUUAACUAACUAAGCUUUUGAAAAAAAAAUCUUAUUUGGCUUGACUUAUUAAAAUACUUUCAGAUAGUGAAUAUUUAAUUUCUAAAAAUUGAAAACAGUUUUUGGUCUUUAUUAGCAGAUAUUAUUUAAAAAGUUCAUUGACUAGGAUCUACUUUAUAUUUAGUUUGUGACAUAUAUUAUAAAUAUUAACAAAAACAGCUUGGAUGAAUUUAGAUGAAAAGAAUACAAACUCAACUUAAUCAUUACAAUUUUUUUCGCGUAUGCACUUUUAGUAUUCAAGCUGUAAUAUCUAUCACACUUUCAAUAUACAACCCUUAAGAAAAAUGUUACUAUUGUCAUUAACAAUAAACAGAUGACUCAUAAAGUUGAAGUUCUGUCAGCAUUGUGCAAGAUGCUUCAUCACACAGAUCCCAAAGAGCAUAUAAGUUCAUCCAUCUGCCUUAGGGCCCUAAUGUCGGAGGCAGAUAUAAGGAUGAAACUUAAAGAAUUUCCACAGAUAUUAUCAGCUAUGGAAGGGCUGAUGAGAAAUUCAAGCAUCAGUGUGAGGAAAUAUGUUGAGGAAGCCCUAAAGCCCAUACACUUUUGUAUGAGUGAUGACACAGGUUUGUGCUUAUUUAUUAUUAUUUGACACGUUUCAAAUUCAUAUUUUUUUAAUCUAGAAGGACAAAAAUAACAGUGAGUUUCUUGCAAAACAAAUACAAUCUUAUAUGUCUUGACAUUGUCUGUUCAAAUUUUAUAAAUAAAUGUUAGAACAGAAGCAAUUGUUUAUUGAAAGAAUUUUUGAAUGCCUAAAAUGUCUACUACAUUUACUGACUACGAAAAUAAUUUAUGCAUAAAUAAUUAAAGUAUCAUGAAUGUCUCACAGGUGAGGAAAAAGAGAAACGUGUGCUUUUUCACAAUACAGAGUUUAGUGAAGGUCCCAUAAGUGUAGAUGUACAAGCUUCUGGUGUAGCGAAUGCAGUGGUCUGCCCAACAGCUUAUCACCAUCAAAAAUGUGUUAAUCCAGAACUUAAGUAAGUCAUUCUAGAUUAAAAGAUACUAUUUAAAAGGUUAUUUUUUUACUCCCCAUUUUAUUUUUAUAGUUAAGGGGUUCUAUUUGUGUUCCUUGCUGAAAUAGUCAACUCUCAUCAUUGUUCCUUACAAAUCUCUGUGAGAGUGGAUUUUUUCAAUACUUUUUUUUAAUUUGAAAACAACACAUUUAAAAUUGACAGUGACGUGAGUUUGGCGUGAUGGAAACUCAGUCAGUACUCCGAAGAGUUUAGCAUGAUGGAAACUCAACCAAUAAUCUGAAGCCUGCUAACAAGGAUUUUCAAAUUUCAACCAUCGCAUGAAUUAUGUCUUUCAUUAAAAUUAUACCUAAAUGAUAUUUUACUGGGAACUGUUUUUCUUUGGAUUAUAUUUUAUCCUAAUAAAAAUCAUAUUUUAUAAGUAUUAGGGAAAAUGGGCAGGUACCAUAAACAAUGGUCACUGGCUUCAUACUCUUCUUUAAAAUUGGGGUUAUGCCCUGUAAUCUUCUUCUUAUCUCCCCCUCUCUUCAAAAUUAUCAUGGACUUACUGUACAUUUUUGAAUGUUGAUUAUUUAAUUAUUUUUUUCACCUGUUAUGUGAUUUUUUAAAAAAAAGCAUUAAGGGCCUUGCAGAGAAAUUUUUCCUUUUUGAUUUAGGUCUACGGAUAUUAUCAAAGGAAGUUUAAAAAAGAACAGGAUGAAGACAUUGCAUGUAAAAAUGUUACUUGAUUUAAAAAUUGUCCUUUUUCUUAAUAGAAUGCUCCUUCAGAAUCAAGACUUGUUGACACCAGAAACAGGACUGUCACAUAUAACUCAAGUGUAAGUAGUUUGAAUAAUUGAUAAAUUUGUGUGUAAUAUUUUGCCGUCCUUAAAUCAUUAAUUGUUUCAUUUUCAACAUUUUCCUUUUUUUAAAAAAAUUCAAGCUAGCUUAAAAAUGUCAAAUCAUGUAUGAAAAAUAAAAUCUCAUCUCAUAUAUUUCGCCUUGUGCCAUAGUGUGUUGUAUUCAACUAUCUGUUGUUCUUUGAAAGGCACAAAAUGUAUACAUUUUGUAGUUUUUAAUUCUGAGCAUAUUUAUUGUUACAAGACAUGUGAAACAAUUAGACUUUAAAACAAAAGACAAGAUAUAUCAUUCUCUUACUAUGACAAUUCAGUAACAAUACAAACAGUUUAAUAACUUUUUUUUAAAAAGUUUAGUCUUUUUCAAUUUUUUUUUAUGUUUUCUUAAUUGCAGCAGUUAGGGCAAUUAAUAACUAACAUGAUUCAAUUCUUAUUCCCCACUUAGCCCACUAAUUACGAACUACUUUGUUAAUGUCCAGUACAAUAAGAUUAAGAAUGCUGUUAAACAAGAAGGUAGGUUUUUUCAUCCUUUAAGUCAGAAUUCAAUGAAACAAAACUUUUAAAGAAUAUUUUCGUUUGCAAUGAAGCUUAUUUUGAGUCUAUAAAUGCAUAUAUAUAGUUUUAUAAACUACCUAGCAAUAUCUUUGAUGUUUUGAAGUUGGCUUUAAAAUAACAUCUUUGUUUUUCAUGGAGCUUAUUUUUUCUUUCUACAAUUUAUCUUUCUUUUAGUUUAAUUAAUAAUAAUGUUUCCGCUGUAAGGCUUUCUACAUUCUUAGCUUGUGGCAGUUGCCAUGAGUUUAUGACUCCAAACAUUUAGAAAAAAAUUAUUUUAGAUCAAUUACAAAUUUUAAAAUUAAAAAAAGUUGUAUUGUUUAUUUUGUCCAAAGCUAUUACAAUUUAAAGUAUGUAUCUCUUUCAAUAAAACUAUUUAAAAAUUACAUUUUUAAAAAUCAUGGGGUUAUGCAUGGGGUAGUGCUUUCACUGCUCCGGAGUUUAUAGCUUAAUUUUAUAAAUAUAGAAGGCACACAUCAAAAAGUGCUUAAAGAGUUCACAAGCCACUACAGUAAAUUCUAUCACUGUGCCGUAAUGCCUGUUUUUAUACAUUUAAGAAAUGCAACCAAUUCAACAUAUGUGCUGAUUCAAUUUUAUUUUUUAACUUCAGAAAAAUUUACUGCUAAGGGAAAAUCAGAGAAGAUCAAACCUGAGGAUGAAGACAAAGUUCUAAAAAAUUGGGAAUACUUGCUAGAGGAAUUAGAUGCAACACACAUUGUUGACUCCAUGUUCGCAAAGAAAAUUUUUGACUUGAAUGACAAGAGGGAAAUAAUUGAGCCUGCCUCUCGCCAGAAACGAACUGAAAUCCUUUUAAAGAAACUCUUAAAUGCAGGCCCGGGUCCAGCUUUUGAAACAUUUAUAACUGUUUUGGAGGCAGAUCACAGUCAUAUAGCAAAGAAGUUGACAGAGACUUUGUGACAUUCUCAUAUAACAUCAUCAGUGAUGUAAAACUUUUUUGUCCCUUUAAAGGUUAGACAGUGAGAAUUUAACUAUUGAAACAAGUUUCCUUUUUGCGCCAACUAAGCAUAGAGAACCACUGGAAAAAACAUUUUCAUUUAUAAUUAACAAUAAAGUAUCCUUAAUACUUUGUUCCCCUGCUGAAAAUUCACUCAAUGUUUUGUGUAUUCACCAUGCCGACUUCACCAAAUUUAGAUCAAACACAUAUCAUUUUAAUGAAAGGAAAAUGGAAAUAAAUGACUUUCGCAUUAAAAUCCUACAUUCCUGAAUGUCCAUAAUAAAUGUGUUCAUAAUCAACAUGUUCAUAAUCAAUAGAGAUUAUAAAUACUUACUUUGGAAAAGUUUUUCAAGACCAACAUUUUCAUACAGUUGACAUUUUAUGUAUUAGCCAAAAACUUACUAGUGUUGCAAUAGCAUUGCUAUGACCCAUGUGUAUCUUCUGCUUUAAAGAAGUCAUUUUUUUUUCUUUUUUUUUUACUCUGCCAGUUAUUGUUGCUUAUACUAAGUAUAAGUCUUAUAUGUUUGUAAAAUAUCACUGAACUAAACAAACGGUUACAAAUGUAAAUGUAAUAAAAAAUAAAUGCCAUUUGAUAAUUUAAAUCGAUGGUUCAAAUCCUAUCAGGACAAAAGUGUCCCCACCAAACGCCAUAUAGACGAUAACCUAGCUUAUUUUGCACGCUAAAAUGCGACAGAUUAUAUGUGUAUAAAAACAUGUUACAGCACAAAAGGCUGGAAUGUACGCCUACCCUUAAAUAAUUAAGACAACUAUAAUGGGAACACAAAUGGGAUCAUUACAGCUUGGUUUUUUUUAUUGCAAACUCUUAAUGUCUUAACCUCAGUUAUACAAUAAAAUGUUGAAACUGUUAAACAAUUUCAGCAUCGAGUUGUAAAUUUGUUAUUAAAAUAAAUUGCAGGCAAUUGUGUCUUAUUAAUGAGGCCAACUCAGUUAAGCUUAAGUCUAUGUUCUUUCAAGUGGUUUCUAUUUAGAUAAUUCAUGUUUGUUUAGUUAUACCACAGACUACAUUUCUUAUAUAAGAGUAUGAGAAAAUUAUAAAAAUGCAUGGGAC